UGUGCCCUCACUGGGCUGUGGCCAUGGUACUCAGCGCCGACUACCUCUGUAAGAAGCUGCAGCGGUGGGACCUGGAGGCAGAGCAUGUGGAGGUGGAGGACAUUAUUCUCAACCGUUGCGCGACCAGCUUCCGAGUCCUGGUGGUGUCGGCUAAGUUCGAGGGAAAGCCACUGCUCCAGAGACACCGGCUGGUGAAUGAAUGCUUAGCUGAAAAGCUCCCACACAUCCAUGCCUUUGAGCAGAAAACUGACCCCAGAGCAGUGGACCUGAGAGUGGCGGAAGUGAGGGACCCUGACCUGAACAGCCAUUGAAUUG